UAGGCUGGUGUUGAUCGCGCAAUAUACAAGACACUUAGGACACAAGAAACAAGGAAAUCAAUAAGUUUAUAUGGAAUAUAACGAUUUACCAGAUCGUGUUACAGCAUCCAAAGCGUCUUGCGCAUAGAGAAUACUAAUUGGCAAAUCUUUGUUUUUUACUGUACCAGACAAGGAUUUUAAAAUGUCAAAGGAACCGGAUAAAACUUCUCCUGUCACAGAAAGCUCAGCUUUCAUUGGCGAUGAAGAUUCUGAUUCGGAGUCGUCUCCAUCAAUAUCUGACGACCAGGAAUCCCAGUCUCAGCUGGGCACCAGUAAAAAGCCGAACAGCGAAGAAGAUGAGCGCUUCCCCCCUUGUAUUCGAGAUGCUGUGUCCCAGGUCCUCAAAGGUUACGACUGGUCCCUGGUUCCGAUGCCUUUGCAGGGUAGCAGGUCUUUGAAAGAUAAGCCUCACGUGAAGAGACCCAUGAACGCGUUUAUGGUGUGGGCACAGGCAGCGCGCAGAAAGCUGGCAGACCAGUAUCCCCAUCUGCAUAACGCAGAACUCAGCAAGACAUUGGGCAAGUUAUGGAGGCUGCUUUCUGAGAAUGAGAAGAGACCAUUUAUAGAAGAGGCAGAAAGACUGCGGCUCCAGCACAAGAAAGACUAUCCAGAUUACAAGUACCAGCCCCGAAGGCGAAAGAGCCUGAAGCCGGGUCAAAGUGAAUCAGACAUGGGAGCUGAGAAGAAUCACCAUCCCUCGGACCAAAUAUACAAGACAGAACCAGGUACGAGAGGCAUGCAUCAUCAACUGGUCCAUGGGGUGCAAUCGCACGGUCCUCCCACGCCUCCUACUACCCCUAAGGCUGAUCAGCAUCAAGUCGCGAAACUGGAGUCCAGGUAUGCGUCGGAGAGCGCGAGGCAGAACAUCGACUUCAGCAACGUGGACAUAUCAGAGCUCAGCAGUGAUGUCAUUGGCAACAUGGGCCCCUUUGACGUUCACGAGUUCGAUCAGUACCUGCCUUUAAACGGCCACGCUGCGGUUAACAUUGAGAACAACAGCGGGCAGCACUUCAGUCCUGGCUGCUUCGGUACGUCUUAUCAUCAUCAUCAUCCCCACAGUAGUGUUUCCACGUGGAACAAAAGCUCUGGAUCGCCAUCCACAUCCUCGCAUAAUGGUACAAAUGAGUCAAUUCAACAAAGGCCACUCAUUAAAACAGAACAAUUAAGCCCCUCUCAUUACGGAGAAUCUCACGGGUCACCGCUUCCAUCUGAACUGGGCUCAUCUUCAGUCUCCAACUCCCUGAGCGACUGUCCUGACCUACACAACUCCAGUUACUACACUACAUUUUCAGGGUACCCUUCCGGCAUCUACCAAUAUCCAUACUUCCAUUCCUCCAGGAGGUCUUAUUUAAGCCCUGUUCUGAACAGUUUGUCCAGUCCAUCUCAUAGUCCUGGUUCAAACUGGGAGCAGCCAGUUUACACAACUUUGACACGACCAUGAAGUUUUUUGGGACUACACGUGGCAUUUGAAUGUAUAUAUGAGACCCGAAAAUGCCGUUGUUGGCAGCUCACUUUUUGGAGAGACGGUGUGUGACCCCCUGAUUUGGGACAGUGUUUUUUUCUCAGAUGUUUCUGGAUAAAUGUUUCAGUAUGUUACAGUUUCAUAGACUUUUCAGGUAAUCGUCUAGAGAGCGUUAGGAUUUUCACUAAACUUUUUUUUUAGUAUACUUCUCAGUAUUCUUCACAUUUAUAUAAACAAGUACAAGACGAAAUCGCAGUUUAAAAGCCAUUGUAAAAUUAAUCACUGUAACCUCAGAGUCUAAAGCAACAGCAAAACUUUUCAAAAUAAUGAAUUACAUUACGUGUUGGAAGACUUAAACUGUAUUCAAACUAUUAUUAUCAAUAAAUGUAACUGUUUUAGGGCACUUGCGUCUAUCCUAUUGCAGUUUUUAAAAGCCGCUCGAGCCACAGUGAUUGUGUUACAGCGAUUUAACCAUGAGAAAAGGGUUACGGAGCAAAGCGGGCCGUGGUUUAGCUAUUGUUUCAUUACCUUCUGGUCUGAAUACGAAGUGGGACGCUGUGGAAGCCACGCUUAGUCUAAAUUCAGCACAUUAUUUAAACACAAUCACAGAUUUCUUGUUACUUCUUGCUAAUUAAACUAUUAAAAAACUAUUAACUAUUAAAAAGGUAAAUUUACCGUAUUGUGUGAUGUCUUUAUUUUUAAUUAUAAGCUCACUGUGGGGUCAUUUUCAGACCAUCAAAUCAAAUAUAAUAACAAAUCAAAUAAACAGCAAUUAAAAACAGCCCUGACACGGUCAGGAAUACAUAAAAAAAUCCUGAAGUUCACUCGAAUAAAAAAGCUUUACAAACCGAUUAAAACAGAAGGAGGACGAGGGUGAGCCGAAAAGAGAACUGAUUCCUAAUGACACUCUCUCAAAGGGCCUUUUGUUUUCAUUAUAAAAGAGCCAUUAAUUGACAGAAGGGGGGUAGUGAAACAAAACAAAUAGAAAGCAGAAAAAUCAUUACCACUGAAGAACACAGGAUCAAACAUGACCCACUGCUGUUUGAGUAAACAGCAACAAAACCCGCAGAAAAUGCAUAAAUUGAAUGCAGGGUAUCGGAAUAAGUUCAUGCUGUGGAAAUGAUCCAGUGAUUCCACAGCAGAUGGGUGUGGGUGGACUAGGACUUAGUUUUCUUUAACAAAAUUUGUAUUACAUUGAUAAUAUUGAAGUUGAGAAUAUAAUCAGUGUUGAUAUGACACUUCUCAUUGCGCCUGUUGACAUGAUGGAGU